UAAGGGAUGCUGAGCACCUGUAACUCCCAUUGAUGUGAACAAGGAUUUGGAUAUUCAGCACCCCUGAAAAUCACUCCAUGUCCCUUAAGGAGAAAACGCUGCUGACUACGGUUUUGUGGGUGGUGGGGGGAGGUUCCUGUUGAGUCAUCCCACAAGGGUUUUCAAAAUUUAGAUCUGAGUUUAGGCAGCUUGACUUCAUUUCUACUUGAUACCAGGAGGUCCUGUACUUGAAGUUAGGACAUAAAAAGAAACCUUACUUGUUAUGUAGUGAAAUCGCUCCUGCAAAACCAUAAUCGGCUACUUUUUCAAGGUUUGCGUUUGUACAUUCAUUUUGGAAAGCUAGUGCACUUCCUCUAAAUAGCUCCGCUUCACUUCUGUCAACAGACCAUGCAGCAGAUGAGUGACCAUCGCUAUGACAAAUUGACAGUGCCUGACGACGCGGCAGCAAACUGCAUAUAUCUCAACAUUCCAGGCAAAGGCCACGUUUUGCUGCACAGAGCCCCUGAGGAAUAUCCAGAAAGUGCAAAGGUUUUUGAAAAACUGAAGGACCACAUGCUGAUCCCUAUAGCCAGCACAGAACUGGAGAAAGUAGAUGGGUUACUCACCUGUUGUUCUGUCCUUAUUAAUAAAACUUCAGAAUUAUGAGAUAUAGAAUCCCUCCCUUGUAACUGGCAAUAAAGUACAUGCAAGGUAGACCAAUCUA